UAUAGAGGAGCCAACCAUCCCAUAUUUCUUGGCUGCCACCAUGAGAGGACCAGGGUUAUUCUGCUGCUGCCUGACAGCUCUUCUGCUGCUUGGGGGUGCAGAACUGCAAGCCUCAAAACCUGAUGGCACAGAUGAUGCAGGAACCUUUGUGGAGACCAAGGCAGCCUAUGUAGACCCUAGCUUGGAUGACCAGAUGCUGUAUGCUGAACAAAUUCCAGUUGACAGUAACCUACUUCUACCCUUAACACAUGGCGGUGAUGAAGAUAUGAAACACAACUGCAUAUCAAAGAGUGGGGAAGAAAUAAAGGUACAGGCUGAAGGACAGGAACAACCCAAUUUUACACAGAAGGUACCCUCUUGUGAAACAGUAACAAGUAUUAGCUCCAAAGAGGAAGAAGCCUCAAAAACUGAUGAAGUGGAUGGUACUUUAAAAGUUGAAGAAGUAGUUAAGUUGCAAAACUCUCCACUUGAUGAGAAAGAGAUCACAUUAGAGGGUGAAAAUUACCUAAAUUAUGAGGUGGAUGUUUCAUCACAGAUGAAGGAUCCUUCUACCUCAGAUAUUAACACAGAUAUUUUAAAUAACAACAGCCUUGAUUCUGAACAGGAAGAAUUGGUGUUGGAGACUGUGGAUGAUUCUCUGGAGGAGGUAGCGGUAAAUGAACAGUCUCAUGAAGAAAACCAAGGCAUUUCAAAUGAAGAGACACAUAAUAUCAGACUGGAAGAUGUAAUGGAGCUUGAUAGUGAUGAUCAAGGUUCUCAGGCAAAAGAUGAUGAUGAUGAUGAUGAUGAUGAUGAUGAAAAUACCAAUAAUGAAUCCUCUGAUGAGGAAGCAACAGAAGGGGAAAGGUUACACAAUGAGGAUAAUUUGAGCGAAGAAGAUAUUUCAGUAGAAGAGCAGGAGGUAGAUUUGGAUGUCACACCAGAUAAUAAGAAUGAAGAUAUGGAUGUCUCAUCAAUAGAAGACAACAAGAAGGUAGUUCCAGAGCCAGAUGGUAGCAACAAUUUAAAUAAAGCAACUGUUAUAGACACACCAGAGUUAGAUAACAGUCCACCAUCUCAGCCAGAAAAUACAAUAAAUAAUGACCCACCAUCUCAGGCAGAAAACACAGUGGAUACUGACCCACCAUCACUGUCCGAGACCACAGUGGAUAAUGACCCACCAUCACAACCAGAGAAAGCAAUUCUGAAUUCUGCUGACAAAGAGAAUAGUGAAGAAGUUGAGUCAUCAUAUAAGGGUGAACCAGCAGAGUCACUUUUGGACGCAACCCCAAAGAAUACUGAAAACCCAAGGCUACAGUUUUUAAAAGAUGAUGUGGAAAAAGAAGAAGAAAUAGCUGCAAGGGACCGGAACCACAUAGACAACACUCUAAAACUCACAGAGGAUAAGCCAAAAGACGAUUACUCAGGAGCACUGCAGAAGCUAAGGAAAAUCUAUCAAAAUGCCAUCAGACCUCUGGAAAUGUCUUAUAAAUACAAUGAGCUGAGACAGCAUGAAAUUACAGCUUAUCAAGGACGUACCCUUGCUGACUCGGCCCCAGAUGGUGAGAUCACUUCCAAACCAAUGGUCCUCUUCUUGGGUCCCUGGAGUGUUGGCAAGUCCACCAUGAUCAACUACCUCUUGGGACUGGAUGAUACUCCAUAUCAGCUUUAUACAGGUGCUGAGCCCACUACAUCUGAAUUCACAGUCCUGAUGCAUGGGCCAAAGAUGAAGACUAUUGAGGGCAUUGUUAUGGCAGCUGAUAGUUCCCGCUCUUUUUCCCCACUUGAGAAGUUUGGACAGAAUUUUCUGGAGAAGCUGAUCGGCAUUGAGAUCCCUCACAAGCUCCUGGAGAGAGUUUCCUUUGUGGAUACCCCUGGGAUUAUUGAGAACCGCAAACAGCAGGAGAGAGGUUACCCAUUUAAUGAAGUUUGCCAAUGGUUCAUUGAUCGUGCUGAUCUGAUCUUUGUGGUUUUUGACCCAACCAAACUAGAUGUUGGCCUGGAGCUGGAAAUGCUGUUCCGCCAGCUGAAAGGACGAGAGUCCCAAAUCCGUAUAAUCUUAAAUAAGGCUGACAGCUUUGCCACUCAAGAACUAAUGAGGGUUUAUGGAGCACUGUUCUGGAGUUUGGCUCCACUGAUCAAUGUGACGGAACCACCAAGAGUCUAUGUCAGCUCUUUCUGGGCUGAUGACUACCAUCCUGAUACACACAGGGAACUCUUCCUUAAGGAGGAGAUCUCCCUUUUAGAAGAUCUCAACCAGGUCAUUGAGAAUCGUCUAGAAAACAAGAUUGCUUUUAUCCGGCAGCACGCUAUUAGGGUUCGCAUCCAUGCUCUUCUAGUGGACCGUUAUAUUCAUACUUAUAAAGACAAGAUGACAUUUUUCAGUGAUGGAGAGCUAGUAUUUAAGGACAUUAUUGAAGACCCUGACAAAUAUUUCAUCUUCAAAUCCAUCCUCGCUAAGACCAACGUCAGUAAGUUUGAUCUUCCCAACAAAGAAGCUUACAAAGAUUUCUUUGGAGUUAACCCAAUUACAAGCUUUAAACUCCUUUCCCAGCAGUGCUCCUACAUGGGUGGCUGCCUUUUAGACAAGAUUGAGAAAGCCAUCACCCAUGAGCUCCCAGAUCUUCUUGGCAGCAUUGGCCUCGGUAAAAAACCUGGGGCACUCAACUGUGAUGUGACCGGAUGCGGAGAGGCUCCAAAAAAUCGCUACAGGAAGCAUUAACUGUUUUCCCUCUAGACACCAUCAUUUUCCAGAAAAACAAUCUCAAAGUGUUUCAGCACCAUAACAAGGCCCCGUGAUCUUUCAGUGAUGAAGUUAAUCAGCUCCAGAAGACCUUGAGGACUCUACCCUCCUUACAAUGUCUCCUCAGGGUGUGUUGCAAAGAUGAUACUGUAUAAACCCUUCUGUACUGAAAAGAUCAAUGCAUUGGUGGUCAUUCUUAAAGAAUUAAGGAAAGCUCUUGAGGUAUCUAAAAGGAAGUCUGAUAUUCGUGAUGGGACUCUGAGAGAGACUGCAGCCAAUUAGUAUUUCACUUUACUCUAACUAGGUUUUUAACUUCACAAACAUUUCAUUAAAAAGAAACAAUAAUACAAUAGCUCUAUACCAUUCUUUUUAGAAAUGAGAUGACUAGGGCAAGUGAGAAAUCUCAAUUUACUGUAGUCUCUUCUGAUACUUCUGGCAUAGCAAAAACCCAAAUAAGAAGAAUGUUUAAAAAUGCCAUUUUUUAUGUUGUGAUGGUCCUUCCAUCAUUGUAAAUAUGUACACUCCAUGGCUAAACCUAUGUCCUAUAGAACACAAAGUCUCUCUAGCAACCAUUGAAUUGGUAAGUUUUAAUUAUUUAAGAUACCAACACAAUGUUUUAUGGAUCUACUAUUAACUACCUAUUAAGACAAUACAGUAGUUUAAAACUAUAGGUAACUGUUGGGGUGGAAAAGCAAUGCUCAGUUUACCAUAAUUGUACUGAGUUUAUCCGAUGUAUGUUUGACAUGCCAUGGCUCCCUUUAAACUGCCUAUAUUUAAAACAACAUUACUGUCUGUAUGUAUAUGUUUUUAUUGUGUUUCUUGCUAAACCCUACGACUGCCUGCUGCAUUUUCCUAUUUGUGCCACUUUUUUACAAUUUUACACUGGUUGCUGUUCUGUUCCUUAGCAACCUCGAAACUGAAGAUGCAAUAGGCAAAAAUGCUUCUCUCUCUUAUCUUUACAAGGCCAUCUAAGCAUGUUACAAUGCACCAGUAGUAUCAGCAGCUCGAGGAUUUAUUAAUAGAUUUUUGUACGCACAAGUGACAGUUAGACACAUAAAGAUGCAUGGUCUUUGUUCAUGUGCUUCAAUUUACCACAAUUGCACACAAUCACAGUAACUUGUUUUUUUGUUUUUUUUUAUAGAAAGUGUCAUUAAAUCAUUACUUGCCAGUAAAUCUAAAUAAGUACAUAUACCAGACAGUAAUGCUGCUAAAAUAUAGUUGCAUAAUGUCCACUAAACAAUACAGUAUAAAGGGUUUCAAUAAAAAGAAAUACAGCCAUUUUAAGGGAUACCAUAACCCUUUAAAUUUCUGUAGGACGUCAAUCAGGAUUAUAUUAUCUGUCAGAUAUUUGAGUUGGAGACUGGAAGGUUAGCGAUUAGCGUAAAAGGGUUAAAGGUCUAAAUGUUUUGACUUUAGUGUGAUUUUAUGUAAGUUUAGUUAAUCGCCUGCAUGCUGAAGGGUCCUGCGCCUGUUGCAGAAGGAUCACUAUACUGAGAUACAUCUGGAGCUAAUUGAAAUAUUCCUUCUGGAAGAUUUUGACCGGGUCAUCAAAAACCAUCAUGGAAGCAUGGAUUAUUGCCAUCCUCCUGCAAAGUCCUGCAGGCCCCUUCAGCUUUUGUUGGAUUAAUAUAAAGUAGUUAGAUAUAAAUGAAUGGGAUAAGCAGCAGACGACACUUCCUUGGUCCAAAUAAUGAAUCCGAUAUUUUUUUAUCAUUAAUUAUCCUUCCAGUUUGUUAUUAUGAGCCUCUGGACUGAUUCUCCUCUUGAAAUAAAAUUGUUUGAGCUUGUUAAAA